AGGGAAGUGGCACCUUCAUGACCAAUCCUUUCUCCAUGGAUUUAAAGGAAAGCACCAGCGAGGGAAGCCUGGGGAGCCUCCAGCCCUCCAGCCUCCAGAUCUUUGCCAACACCUCAACCCUCCAUGGAAUCCGCCACAUCUUUGUCUAUGGACCUAUGACUGUGCGGCGGGCCCUGUGGGCUCUGGUAUUUGUGGCUUCCCUGGGCCUCCUCCUGGUGGAGAGCUCCGAGCGGCUGGUCUACUACUUCUCCUACCAGCAUGUCACCAGGGUGGAUGAAGUCGUUGCCCACAGCCUGGUCUUCCCAGCUGUCACCAUCUGCAACCUCAAUGGGUUCCGCUUCUCCCGCCUCACUACCAAUGACCUGUACCACGCUGGUGACCUAUUGGCCUUGUUGGACGUCAACCUCCAGGUCCUUCACCCUCAUCUUGCUGACCCAGCAGUCCUGGCCAUCCUGCGGGAGAAGGCAAACUUCCAGCAUCACCGAGCCAAAGUCUUCAGCAUGAGUGAGUUCAUGGGGCGUGUGGGCCAUGACAUGAAGGAGAUGUUGUUAUACUGCAAGUUCCGGGGACAGGAGUGUGGCGAGAAGAACUUCACAACUGUGAGUACAAGCAAGAGUUUUGCCUUCCUUUUUUGCGUUGGUGGUAACAAUGGGGACAACCCAAGAAGUGAAAAUUGGGUAUCUCUGUGGGAGACCCUGGCUGAUAUAUCUUGGUGA